CUCAUUUCGACAAUGAAGAUAACGAAAACGGAAUUUGACAAUAGAAACACAAAUAACGAGCUUGACGUUAAGCGAAAAAGACAAUCCGUCCAGCAGGUACUCGAGUUCGGCAUGUGUUGUUGUUGUUGCCUCAAAAGAUAGCAUAAACUUGAGUGAACAUUGCUGCUACUCGCCUCUUCUUCACCGUCUCAUGCUUGUCUCAGCACUUCCGUGUUGCAACUGCGGUUCUCCUUUUCAACAUUCCUUCGCGGUGUUUCUCGCAAUUUUUCCAAACACAGCAGCAUACGACGACGAAACAGCAAGUAACUAGUAGCAAAUGCUUACGCAUAAUUUAGAUAACUUCCACAUGAGAUUCUGCGUGUAAUUUUUGUCAGUUCGUUCGAGCUACGUUCAAAGCUCAUCAUCAUCAGUACCGGCACGCGCUGCGCCGCUCUAUUCACGUGCGUCCAGCAAGAAGAUCGUGGAAGCCCAGUAGGACGGACCAGGCCUAGAUCGUUCACCCGGUGUACCUUGCUCGCUGAGCGCCAUGGAGUCCACGCACAACUCGGCCACCAGCCGCCACAAGUCCGCGAAGGCCUCACGCCGCGCUCGCAAGCGGCGCAAGUCUUUGGCCUCGACGCUGUCAAAGUCGUCGAAGAGCGAAGACGAUCGGCCGGAGGUGAAGGCCUCGCCCGGGCCCGUUGCCGAAGCCAUCACGGUCCCUUCGUCGGUCACGCCGCUGACCGCCCAGCCGUCUCCGACCCCUCCUAAAAAGCCCGAAGACGCCGUACCGUCGGAGUCUGCAGCAAUGGUCGCCGCCUUCACCGAGUCCCCCGCCGUCGCCGUCGGUGCGUCGGCGCACUUGGCUUUCGACGACACUCUGCGCGUGGAAGAGCCGGUGGUUGUGGCGUCGCCGCUGUCCCCGCCCGUGAUCCCUGCCAAGACCGCGAGCGACCAGCAGUCCGUCGCAGCCGAGACCGGGAGUGCAGAACCGCACCCUGGACCUUCCCUCGUCGCCAAUGCUGCGGCGGCCGACGACGUGCACCAUCGCAUUCCCAUUGGCCUGCAGGCUCGGCUGCGAUCGUCGGACGCUGCACCUGCGGCGGCCUCCGCGCAAGUUCCCUCCGCGUCUAAAACGCGCAAGCGGUCGUGCGGUCAGCUGGUCCUGAGCGCCCUGCCGCACGUCCUGCUCGCGGUAUUCGUCCUGGCCGCGGUGUUCGCCGCGGUGACCAUCCUGACCCCGAAGCCGAGGCCGCACGACGUGUGCCGCAGCCACGCGUGCGUCGAGUACUCGGGCCGGCUGCGGCGCUCGGUCAACCUGCUGAUCAGCCCGUGCGCCAGCCUGACGCGCUUCGUGUGCGCCCACUGGCACCAGCACGACGACCUGGGAGUGCGGCCGGGCGUCGUGGAAGCGGCCCUGGGCCGAAUGUCCCGCCUGGCGCUCUCCCUGCGCGGGCCGUCGCCCCGGCCCCGGAGCGCGGCGCAGUUCGGCGCCGCGUUCUUCCACAGCUGCAACGCUGUGUUCAGGGGCGUGCGGGACGAGCUGGACAACGCGAAACGAGCGCUUGCCGAGGCAGGCAUCACGUGGCCGCACCGACCGCCGGAGGAACCGGACGUGCUCCACACGCUGCUGUUCGCCGCCAUUCGUCUCGGAUGGCCGGCCAUCUUGCGCGUCGACAUCCUCGGCUCCGGCGACGACCCGCAGCAGCCGGGACAAAGGGAGCACACCAUCGCGUUGUCGCCAUCGCGUGAGUUCACAAUGCUGGCUCGGAAGCACGCCUCCCUGCCGGAAGCCGCGCUGUCACGGAAUGCGUACUUCUCCCUGCUCAGGGACAGCUUCACCUCUGGCGCGGUUGAGGCCGUUAGCUUCGACACGACUGAGAAACUGGACGCCACGUUUCUCGCCCUCCUGUCCGCCAACCUGCGCACGUCCCAUCCGCGGCUCGAACACCUGGAGGCCGGCGAUCUGUUCUCUGGCGAAGUGGUGCCAGAGUCUCGCUGGCGAAGCGCCCUGGCUGCCUACGGUGUCUCGCUGGGGGAAGGGCACCGCCUCCUCGUGCGCAGCGAGAACGUCGACUUCGUGCAUGCAUUUAUCGACACCUGGGAGACCAUCGGAGAGGCGGACACGCACGUCUUCCUCUCCUGGUGCACGGUCCAGCUGGCUGCACUGUUCACGCGGCGGUCGCUCAUCGUGAGCUUCUACGGGAGCCACAGGGGAGCCCAGCUGAUGCACGGCGCCUUCUGCCUGGCGCGCACCUACCUGCUCGCCGGCGACGCCGCGUUCGCCGGCUACAGCGCCGACGUCCUGUACGCCGGCUCGCGGAGACAAGCCGAAGCGCUGGCCGCGAUGGUCCGGCAGCAGUUUCGCAGCAGCCUCGCCCAGUGGCUGCACCGAAACGGGAACGUGACCAUCGUCGCCGACUGGAACUCGACGGACGUCAUGUUCAGGAUCGUGGCAGCUGCGAUAAGGGUGGCCGACGGUGGUCUCAUGAAUCACACCCAGCUCCAUUAUCCGGACACUGGCGACUCUCUGGUCGCGAACUGGCGCAAUGCUGUCGCUGCCGGCCGCACAGUGGUGUCACCGUCGCGAUCGUCCCUCCUAACGGCGCUAGAGGCGCUGGCCUUCCAUGCAGAGGUCGAUAACGACUUCGUGCUACUUCCGUACGCCUUCUCGUUUCCGUUAUACGACGCCGAUGCCCUGCUGGCGAUCAACUACGCUGGACUGGGAGGCCAGGUUGCGCAGGCUCUCGGUGAACUGUUCUUGAAGGCAUACCGCAACAGCUCAUCCCAGGCAAUGGAGUCCAUCAGCCAAUUCACGAAGUGCCUGGCCCUCAACAACGUCACUACGCUCCACGCGGAGGCACAAGCGCUACAGGUGCUGUCUUUCAGCGUGCUCUUCGAUGCGUACAGGGCCGCGGCAGGGGCGGACGACCGUCGUCUGGUGGGCUUCGAGGAGCUCACGCCAGCGCAGCUUUUCUUCGUGGCGUCCUGCUACGCUCGGUGUCCCGGAGCUGCCUCCUCCACGCACCCGUCGUCGGCCUUCCCGUUACUCGACGCGGCACCCGAACCCGACUGCGACGCCCUCUUCCAGCGCUCGGGUCACUUUGCGCGUGCCUUCGGGUGCGACCGCCAGGCUCUCGUCAACGCCGGCGACGAGUGCAAGCUGUAGCGUUGAAGCACCACGCCUGCGUACUUCUACAGCCGGUGUCGUCAUACGUUCGCCGUGGUGCUUCUAUAUAACUGUUCCGCAUAUAAGGCCGACGACAGCUGUGACCAGACAUUUGCGUUUCUAACAAAGCUUAAUGUAGUGGGCAUUGGGAAGCGAAAGGGGCGAUAUGUGAUGCUUCCCAUGCCGUACAUACCUUCAGGUCGCACCACCAAAAAUUAGUCCAUAGGAUGCGUCGCUCAGGAUUGUACCUAUCUGCACGUCCUCGAACAAAAGCCUGUAUAUAGCUUGUGUUUUCUUUUGCGCUCAUGUUGAGGAAGUGUUGCAUAACUGUUCGAGUUCACAUUGGACUUUAUAUUCGGUUUGACUUGGCAUCACAAAUGCCUCGAUUAUUCGUUUUUCUCAACUUUGUAAUUUACGCGCGCUACUGUAUACAGCCUGGGCGCGUGCGGUACGUAAUUGUAGUUGCGCACGCGUUCAUGUGGUUUAAUAUUGCGUAGCCAAAUGAAGGCUCAAAUCUGCUCGAA